AUGUCGAAUGCUGCCUCCCCUUUAGCCUCGCAACGGCCCCACGACUUCAUCACAAUUACUCAGUCUCCCUCAGUGUCCGACCCCACGGGUCUUUUUGAUAAGGUCUACAACAGAGUCACCGACUAUCUACGUAUUCCUCGCAAUACCAAAAAGGACCAGCAAGGGACCUGUAUUACAGUCCUAGGUAUCCAGAUCGACUCUAUUGCAAUAGAAGCUCGUCUGCCGCCAGAAAAGUUAUGCCGCGCCACAUUAGACGCCGCAGCUGCCCUGAACGCAGCGAGUCUCUCCCUUAAGCAAGCAGAGCGUCUCACAGGCUUAUUAGCCUUUUGUUCAAGAGUUGUCCGACUUGGAAGAACAAGAUUACAGUCUCUAUACACCUUCCAAGCCGCUUUCCCACAUGGUAGUAGUGCGCGCCGCCGUAUCCCUUACGAGGUACGUGACGAUUUGGAAUGGUGGAGGGACUCUUUGUCUCUCUUCAACGGCGUACUCCUAAUUGACCCCUACCGCCGCCCUAUCACGCAUCUCUACACAGAUGCCUCCAGUACAGGCCAGGGGCUCUUCUUCUUCUCAUCCCAGUCUACAUUAGACUGCUAG